UGUAGUAACGUAUAAUAUAUACAUAUCGGACUCAUUUUACAACUUUUUGACUUAUUCCUUCGUUUCACCGCCUAAAGAUCACAAUUAAUUAUAUAAUAUAUAUAAUAUAUAAUGUAAUGUAAGAGUCAAUGUUUACAAAUCAAAAUAAUCCAUGCCAUUUCUCCAUCUCUCUUUUAUCUCUUAUCUAUCCAAUAUUAUUUUCCAUUUUUAAUUUCUUUUAAUUAAUAGAUAUAAUAAUACAUUAAUUAUCAAGCAGUACUACCACAACUUUGUCGAAUCAAAGAAGCGCAGGAAACUAAAAAUGGGAAAUCUGAUCAGCUCCUCCAGUAGUGAUCAUGCUGGUAAAGGAUAUCGCAAUGAAAGAUGGAGAACGUGGAAGAAAAACUCAAAGGUACUUUCGAACAAGGACAAGCCUAAUAACAAAAGUAGUAGUAGUAGUGGGCUACAAAGCCAUGGUGGAAUUAAGACCAUAAAGCCCAGAAACUUUUGCAAUGAUGAUGAGUUACGUACCACUACUGAUGACUCAUCAUCAUCCGAUGAUAUAUGCAUUUGCGUAGUCACUUGGAACAUGAAUGGCAAGGUAUGUGAAGAAGAUUUGGUAGAGAUAGUGGGGAACAGGAACAGGAACAGGAGGCAAUUUGAUCUUCUAGUCGUAGGUCUGCAAGAAGUGCCUCGCCUAAACGUUUCCCAACUUUUACAGGCAACUCUACUUCAAUCUUACAUGUUAUUAGGAGAAGCCAUCAUGCAGUCUUUGCAGUUAUACGUUUUUGGGCCAAAGGGAUCAGAUUCGUUCACCAAAGAAUUGAAGGUAGAUAAGUAUGCUGUUAGGGGCUGCGGAGGAGUAAUUGGGAGGAAGAAAGGUGCAGUGGCCAUACGCCUCAACUACAAAUCUACACAAAUGAUGUUCGUUUCUUGUCAUCUCUCCGCUCAUACUAAGAAAGUGGAAGAAAGAAACUGGGAAUGCAGGCACAUAUCACACUCGCUCUUCUCAAAAAUAUGGAACCCUUAUGAGAGACCCACCCAGAUUACUGUUUGGUUGGGAGAUCUCAAUUACAGACUUCAAGGCAUUCAUUCACAUUCCGCCAGGAAUCUCAUCCAUAGAGAUCUCCACAAAGUUCUGAGGAAGAAAGAUCAGCUACUGCAAGAAGCAGAAAGAGGGCACAUCUUCGAAGGAUAUUGCGAGGGUACAUUAGCAUUCAAGCCAACUUAUAAGUACAAUGUGGGAACAAACAACUACGACACAAGUCACAAGGUGAGAGUGCCAUCAUGGACUGAUCGAAUUUUGUUCAAGAUAGAAGAUAUGAAUCAUGAUAUGGAUGCAACUUUGCACUCUUACGAAUCAAUGGACGAUAUAUACGGCUCUGAUCACAAACCUGUCAAAGCUCACCUCUGCUUAAGAAGAAGAUCAUAAAUACAUAAUAACUAUAUACAUUCUUAUAACCCACCACACCAAUAUAUAUAUUUACUUAUUUAAUUACAAUAUCAUCUCUUAAUUCAUUAAAUAUUUUUUUUUUAUAAGGGUGUGUUUGGAAAGCCACAAUGUAAUUGGAUUUGUGUGUAUUUGGAAGUAAUUACACAAUUUGACA